AUGAGCUCACAACCAUCUUUCAUAACUAUCAGGGGCAAGGCCAUCUCGCUGGAGACCCAGACGGAGUCUCUCCUCUCGAAGUACUCCACGUUCGCGCAGACCACCAGCUCAGAACAGACUGGGGAAGAGAAGGCAAUAGACACGCAGCUGGAGGCCAUCCUGGGCCAGAGACAGGACGUGGUCGAGUCGCUGACAAAGAUCUGCGACUCCAACCCGGCGAUCUCCGCCUCGAAGCUGUCGCAGCUUCAGCGCCACAAGGAGAUCCUGCAGGACCACUGGAAGAGCUUCCGCAACAUCAGGUCCUCCAUCCAGCAGGAGCGCAACAGGCUCAAUCUGCUAUUUAGCGUGAAGAACGACAUCGCUAACUCCACUACAGAUGCCCCCGCUCCCAUCGCCGACGCUGACGAGUAUAUCCAGAACGAAACAAGGCGGAUUGACCAGUCCAACAACGUCGUAGACCGCCUCAUCUCCCAGGCCUGGGAGACCCGGUCGCAGUUUCACUCGCAAAGCAACGUCCUGAACACCGCGAACAACAGGGUGCUGCAGACUCUACAAAGAAUACCGGGCGUCAACCAGCUCAUCAUGAAGAUCAACACAAGGCGGAAGAAAAACGCCGUCGUAUUGGCCACGAUAACCACCCUCUGUAUACUGUUUUUGUUUUUCACAUGGUAA